AUGGCUCAAGGAUUGCAUCUCACUCUGAUGAUCUUCUUUGUUCAUCUGAUCUGCAUUUCGAGUCAGCAGGAGACAGGGUUUAUCUAUAAUGGCUUUGGCCAAACAGACCUUUAUACUGAUGGCGUUGCAAGAAUUCUUCCCGAAGGACAGUUGCAGCUAACCGAUGGAUCCGGGCAGAAAAUGGGUCAUGCUUUCUUCAAGAAGCCUUUUGAGUUCACUUCACCUGAAUCACUCUCUUUCUCAACACAUUUUGUGUGUGCUCUGGUGCCUAAGCCAGGAUAUAUUGGUGGUCAUGGCAUCGCCUUUGUUAUGUCUGCUUCCAUGGAUCUCACACAUGCAGUUGCAACUCAAUUCUUGGGACUUUUUAACAUCUCGACUCACGGAUCUUCCUCUUCUCAUCUAGUCGCUGUUGAGCUUGAUACUGCCCUCAGCGCUGAGUUUGAUGACAUCAAUGCCAAUCAUGUUGGUAUCGAUGUCAACAGCCUUAUCUCUAUCGAAUCUACCCCGGCUUCUUACUUUUCCGAAAUUAAAGGUAAGAACGAAAGCAUACAGCUUUUGAGUGGAGCUCCUAUUCAAGUCUGGGUGGACUACGGAGAAAACGUAGUUAAUGUUUACCUGGCCCCUCACAAAAUUCAAAAGCCAAGUCAGCCUCUUUUAUCAACAUCUCUUAAUCUUUCAGAAUCUUUCCCAGAUAGAAAGAUAUUUAUUGGGUUCUCUGGAGCGACAGGGACAUUGAUCAGCUACCAAUACAUACUAGGGUGGAGCUUUAGUAGAAACAAGGAGUCACUGCAGACCCUGGAUGUCACUAAACUUCCUCGAGUUCCUCCUCAUAAAGCUAAAAAUGAGAGACCAUCAGUGCUGCUUAUUGUUCUGCUCAUAUUACUGGCAGUCGUAUUGUUUUUGGUUCUUGGAGCAGCUUUUGUCUACAGGAGAAGGAAAUAUGCUGAAUUAAGAGAGGAAUGGGAAAAAGAAUAUGGUCCACACCGCUUUUCCUAUAAAGCUUUGUACAAAGCUACACAAGGGUUUCACAAAGAUGGACUUGUCGGAAAAGGAGCUGAGGAAGUGGAAAUGGUAUUGAAACUUGGAUUGCUUUGCAUGAAUGCUGUGGCUGAACUGAGACCUUCGAUGGAAGAAGUCAUGCAAUACUUAAAUAAAAGCCUUAAGCUGCCUGAUAUCACCCCAAAUUCUCCUGGUAUCGGGUCCUUUGUACCACUGAUUAUGGGAUCAAACCCCCUCCCUGCCUCCCCCACUACGGAGACCUUGUCAGCAUCACUUUACUCUUCUUCCUCAGCCAACGACUCUACAUUUGUCACUCACUCAGUUGUCUAUGGCCACGGACGGUAA